CCAUCUCCAGUGCCAUCCGAGGACAGUGGAAGUGCUGCAGGAGAUCAAAGACGCGAGUCUCCAGACCAAGGCUCCAUGAUCAGUGAAUCAGAUGAAGACGGGUUUGUCAAAAUCUGUGUACCUAAGAACCCCUCCUUCUUUUUCAUUGACAAGAGUGAGUGGGAUAACCUGAAAAAAAAAGAGGAAAAAAAGAGGCUUUGCAGGACUUCAAUGGACCAAAGUAAUUUCAAAAGGGCUGAGGACAAUACACCCGUACUGUUCAUUUGCUUUUAAAAGGCACAGACUGAAGGGAUUGGGUUUGAAACAAGCCAGCCCAGAAUUCUCAUGUCUUGCCUACUGCCGAUUCGAAGAUUGUCCAGUCACCGUUACAGUGACUGUGGAUAGUGACAAGGACCUUAAAGCAACAGUAGAAUUUCAGGGAGAACAGUGCAUACAUAAUCACACUGAACUGAAAAGAAGACCUGUAAGAGCAAAUGACAGAAAAACAUUAGGGAAGGAAUUACAAAAACAGCUCCCACGAGCAAUGUUUCUAGAGAACAUAGCCAAAAUACCUGAGGAUGUAAUGGAGUCCGGCUGUAGGGAUGUUGCUCCGAGUCCCAAUGUCUUGAAAAACAUUUCAUGGGAAGCCCGUAAGUCAAGCCUCCAACACAAUAAUGAAAUAAUCAGCCUUCAAAUAAUGCUGCAAAAGAGAACAAACAGUCCUGAUGAGGCACUCCAGAAAGUGAUGCUACACCCAAAAGGGGUCCUCCUUUGGUCACAAAGGAGUAUACACAUAUAUCAGGAACAAUGCCAGGAGGACAUAAUUUACCUAGAUGCGACUGGAAGCAUAAUGCGGAAAGGGACGGGGUCACCUCCGUUCUAUGUGUAUGAGUUGGUGGUUAGAAACCCACACAAAACCUCAUCUCCAUUACCUGUUGCGACAUACCUUACUUGCGACCACACCACAGCCUCAGUUAUAUAUUUUCUUGAGGCAUUUCUAACAGACGUGGCUAGGUGGUUUGGAAGGAAGGGUAUGCGGUCACCUGUCAUGGUCAUUUGUGACGGGUCAAUUGUGUUAAUGCAGGCUAUAUGCCUGGCAUUUGCCAAAAAAAACCUGACUGACACAAUAAACCACUAUUACAACAUCGCAAGUGGAAAAGGGAAACAGUAAGAUUUUGAUGUGCCGAUUCUGCAUAGAUGCCUCAGCCAUGUGAUAAAGAACGCAAAGGAAAUGUGCAGAAAGUAUGCAACAAACCACUACCACCUGGCAAUGCAUGUCUUUGGUGCCCUCACAACUGCAAGCACUUUAAAAGAACUGGAUGACAUGGUUCAAAGUGCUACAGUUGUCUUCUCCAGUCCAUCCUGUGGUGCAAGUGUUGAGAAGCACUUCAAGAACCUGCAAUCGUGGCUGCAGAAAAAAGGGACUCCGUUGGAUGAGACUACCGAGUCCAGAGGUGAUGCAGAGGACUUGAAGGACAUUACAGGAAGCAACAGAUUUGCAAAACGUUGCAAUGCAAUUAUUUCAAAUGCCCCGCUGGACAAGCAUGGAGAGCUCAAUGUGUACCAAUGCAAAGGGCUUAUCGAUCACCUCAAGAAAUACAUUCUACCAUUUGCUGGAUUAUGGACCGGGAUAAUGCUAGGUGACCUUGGACGACAUGGGACAGGACCACAAUAUGAGCAGUGCUCCAGGAGAUACAAUGCCCUGAGAAAGCUUACAAGACAAAACAUUACACAGGAUAAUAAAACUCAAGGAAUAAUGGAAAAGAGCCAGUGGGACUUAAAACAUAUUCGUUUUACUUCUGGCCGGCUCACCAGGCUUGAUGACUUUGUAGCCCAGUAUCAGAUUAGCCACACUGCACUCCUGAAGGAGUAUGAGGACUCCGAAAGAGUUUUCCGAAGGAAGACUUACCGAGUAGAACAAGAAAGAUGGAAAGAAAAGCAACAGAAAAAACGGGGAAGAUAUGUCACACCAAUCCGCAAGCCUUUCCUUUUCAAGACAUCAAACAAGAAGUCCUCAGUGUCUGAGGGUCCCGUUGCAAAUCAAAGCUCGCCACCACAGCCAAGGUCAUCCCUGGAGGGGGACCAUGAAGACAUUGUGGAUGAAAAGGCUGUACAUGGGGAGAUCUCAAACAAAUCUAAGGCAACAGUAAAGACAACAGCAACCCCACAGCAUCAACUCACCUCUUUGUGGAAAAGGAGAGACACUGAGGUUGUGGUUUCAGUGAUCCCUACACAAACCAAAGGAACAUCAAUGGUCAUUCGUCACAGUGAGCUGCGUACACUUCAGCCACACCAGUGGCUAACUGGCGAGAUAAUUGAAGCCCUGUUUCAUAUUGCUGCCAAUGAGCUAGAGAUGGGGAAUUCCAUUUACAUUCUUGAUCACUACACAGCAGGUGUGAAUUUGUUUGGGGAAAGACCUCAGCUUGCCCGGCAAAGUUUGUCAAAGAUUAACAUUGACAAUUACCAGGGAAUUGUUUCUUUUGUGAACACUGACAAUGUCCAUUGGAAGUUUCUGUGCAUAAAUGCGGUCAACCACACUGUGUACCUGGUAGAUCCUUCAAAAAGUUCUACAGAGGAAGAUGACUCAAUUCAUGCUGCCAAAAAAUUCAGUGUUCGAUGAAGCCGAAAACUGUGCCAUGUGUUCACUUAAAAAGACUACUGGAUCUGUGCAUCGUUUGAUAAAUUGGGUGAGUUUGUUAACCACUUGAUAAAAGAGAAUGGGAAAGUGAAAAGCAAUAGCAAUAUUAAACUUUAGCAGUUCCCUGAUAUUUCCGACUUAUACAUUUCUAGAUCCAACGUGACACAUGUGAAAGGUGGUACCAUGAAGAGUGC